AAUCUUGAAAAAAAAAAUAUGACCAAUAUAUAAGGCAUCUUCGUUGUUUUGAUUAACUGUUCAGAAAUGGCACGGCUGCUUGAGAACAAGACAACAUUGACAGAGUUUGCACCAUUGAGUCCCGAAGAAAAGAAUUCAAAGGGAUUCUUCUCUAGAAUAUUUGGCAAAGUUAAAGCUACAAGUGAUCCAAGUGUCCAAGCUUCUCAUACUACAUGGCACUCAGAUGGUUCCAAUGGUCAGAGCUCCCCACAGUCCACGAAUGAUUCCCCUCAGAGAACCAUUUCUAAGGAACAGUAUGAUGAGCUUGAAGAUGCUAGUGAAGUAUUUGAGUCUAACAAGAAGCAAGCUGGUGACUCUGAUUCAGCCAACCUCAGUGACUCCCAGGGUUCAGAGAACUUCCAGCGUAGGACAUUGUCUGGUGUCCUCAAACGUCUUACAAACAUUGUUGACAGACGGAGUCAGACUCCUCAGGCUUACAAGGAUAGUGACUUCCGCCAGUUUUGGAUGCCAGACAGUAACUGUAAGGAGUGUUAUGAAUGUGGUGAUAAAUUCAACACGUUCAGGAGACGUCACCAUUGCAGAAUAUGCGGGCAGAUCUUCUGCAGCAGAUGCUGCAAUCAGGAAGUGCCUGGGAAAAUUAUGGGAUACACAGGUGACCUCCGAGUGUGCACAUACUGCUGCAAAGUGGUCCUUAGUUACGCAAGAACCAUGGAAUCUACAGGUGAUUUAGGGAUGCUACGACAAGACCUUGACAAACUUGGGAAGCUUGAGAGUGAGGUGACUGGAGGGACUUCAUACCAAGAACUUGGAAAGAGAACACCUACUGCAAGGAAAAGAAUCUCAGCCUUGUUCCUUGAGGAAGAACUGUUCAGACAGAGGUCAAACAGUGUAUCUGAAAUACUGAAAGGCAACCCCUUUGACAUCACCCCUCAGUCUGAAUAUGCAAGUCUUGAGAAUAUCACUGAAGAGAGGAAGAUAUUAACAAAGGAUUCUGCCCAGUUACGAGAGCUAUGGAUGCUUGUAUGCCAUCCGGAGGAUGGCCUUGAAAUGCAGAGUCAUCGCCAUCGGUUGCGCACUUAUCACAACUGCAUUGUGGGUAGUACCAUGAUUGACUGGUUAAUUGCUCGAGAUAAGGCAAAUGACAGACUACAGGCCAUAGCCAUUGGACAAGCCUUAGUAGACGCAAGAUGGUUGGAAUGUGUCUCCAACAGUGAGCAGAUUUUCAAAGAUGAAUUUGUCUUGUAUAAACCAGGAGAGGCUGCCAACCAGGAGAGCCCUGUAGCCAGUGUUCCUAUACUUGAACACAUUGAAGUUGAGGAAGAUGAUAUGCCUCAGUGGAUGAAAGAACUCAAGAGAAAUGAUGAUGACACAAUUUCAUUGUCUGAGGUUAACAAAGUUCAAGAUGUUGACAGUGAGAGUUUACCUGUUAAACAACAAGAAGAAGCUGUCCCUCGGAGUAUUUUCUAUUUAAACUCUGUAGAUGAUGUGGUGACAGAUACCAAUAGGAGGCAAAACAGGAAACAAUACACUGCUAUGUCACAGGCAGACAGAGGUAGUAAAGAUGAGGUGAGCCCAAUGCUUCAGCAUCAAGAUUCCUAUCUUAACCUCACCCAGGGAUUACAAGAAGCUGUCACCAGCAGCCACAAUGUUAUCAAGGAAGAGGGCGAAGACAUGCCUGAUGGCUGGUAUGGGAUUCAUGAGCUACGAGAGGAGAAUGGGGAAAAUCUGGCAUUUGACAGACUCAACAAGGCCUACAAGGAACACCUUACAUCUCUUACCAAGCAGUUACUAAGUUGGGAAGGUCUGUCUCUCUCAUGGACUGAAACUAUCAUGUCAACUUCACAGAAAGUGGCUGAAUGUGUGAGGCCAAACAUCAAGGAUGAUGAGGAUGAUAUGGACAUACGCCAAUAUGUACAGAUUAAAAAGAUCCCUGGGGACCAAAAGUCUAGCACCACUAUAUUCCAUGGGGCUGUGUUCACCAAGCAUGUAGCACAUAGGAAAAUGUCUCAGAAUAUGACAAACCCCAAAGUUCUUCUUCUUAAACCAUCUCUGGAAUACCAGCGAGUUGAAAACAAGAUGUCUUCUCUAGACCCACAGAUACUACAGGAGCAUAAGUAUUUGAAGAACCUAGUUGCUCGUAUAGUUGCCCUUGGGCCUGAUAUAGUAUUAGUAGAGAAGACAGUGUCGAGGCUGGCCCUAGAGUUCCUCCUGGAUGCCGAUAUAACACUGGUCUCCAAUGUUAAACCUAGUGUUAUGGAGAGAGUGUCCCGAUUUACGCAAUCUGAGAUCGUUCUCUCAAUAGAUGGCCUCAUGAGUCGCCCCAUGUUGGGGUACUGUCACAUAUUCCAUCUCCAGUCUUACACUCUCGCUAAUGGUGAGCAAAAGACGUUGAUGUUCCUAGAUGGUUGCCCACCUCAUUUGGGUUGUACUAUAGUCCUUAGGGGAGCUUCUACAGCAGAACUGAGACUGGUUAAACCCAUCUUGCAGUAUAUGAUAUAUGCCUUCUACCAUUGUAAGCUGGAACUUGCAUUUUUAAUGGACGAUUUUGCCCUUCCUCCACCAGGCCCUGAAGAGCUCUCUUUAGCAGGAUUCGGGAGCUCUUCGGAGACCACCCCCUCGACUCCUGACAAAGACUUCAUGGGGAAAAUUCACAGAGAGAAAAUUAGUGCAGAUAAAUCUAGUCAAAAUGAACAUAAAAUUGAGCAAAAUGACUCAAAAUCAGAUUCUCCGUCCACCAGUGAUAGAGGUUUGGCGAAUCUUAAAAAAGUUAGCUUUGAAGAACAGAGGAUUGUUGAAAUCACAGAGGCCAUGGUGGAAAGUAUUGAGUUAAACUCAUCCAUUAAUUCUGAUGAUAGAUCUCCAAUGAUCUCCCCAACCGAAGAAAGUACACCUUCUAUUAUUUGUCAGAACAAUAAGGAACUAAAGUCAUCAGUUGAUGGAAAAGAACCAAUCACAGGAAACCUGUAUGCCAUAUCAAAAUCUGAACAUUCGAAAGAUUCUGAAGAUCAAAUCACAGAUUCAAAAGAAUGUUAUUUCGAUGAUCCGUUGCAUAAGUACCAGGAGUCACAAGAUGAUUCAAUAUUUACAAGUACAAGUGUCCUUAAAGAAGAAAUUAGAAAAAGUUCCAACCAGUUCAGCAAAGUCCUCGAUGAUGUCAUCCUCUCAUGCUCGCCAUAUUUGAAAUUUGACACACCAUAUUUGGAAACAGAACCAGGUCAGAAGUGUGCAUUGAGGAGCUAUUUCCCUAAAGAGGUGUACUGGUCUGUACAUCUGAAUCCAGAAAUGUCAAACAAACGACGGAGCAGAUUCAAUACAGAGGAUGGGCCUAUGUCUAAGAAAACAUCUCCUUAUGUUGAAAUGGUUGAACCUCAUAGAUUUGUAACUGAGACAUUGAAGGAGUCUGCAAAGAGCAUUUCAUCUCAGACAUUGAUGGCUGAAUUCCGAGCUUGUGGAGGUCGCAUUAAACUGCUCCCUCCAGAUGAUGUAAAAUUUUCACCUAAACAAAAUAACAAGAAAACUAACAAAAGAGACUCUUAUUGGGAACGAAAAAUUGACUGCUUGGACCCAUCUAAUCACCAGAGGAUAGCUGUGUUGUUCAGUAGCUUUAGUUAUGAAUCUCUGAAUGCACCCAACCCUUGUGUUGCCCCAUGGGUGGUUACCAUGGAGUUCUAUGGAAGGAAUGACAUCACACUUGGUGGAUUCCUAGAAAGCUACUGUUUCAGAGAUGAGUACAAAUGUCCAAACGAGAACUGUGAAACCCCAAUGACAGAUCACAUUCGUCGGUUCGUACAUCAGAAUGGUUGCAUCACUGUCAUUCUAAAAAGACUUGACAACCCCAUCCCAGGAUACCAGAAUAAUAUCCUCCUCUGGGGAUGGUGUAAAAAAUGUAAACAGGUGACACCUGUAGUGCCAAUGACCCUUGACACAUGGUCAAUGUCAUUUGGUAAAUAUCUUGACAUGCGCUUCCACGGCAAACAGUUUGGCCGCCGUGCCAGUGCUGAGCCAUGCACACAUACCCUUCAUCAAGACCACUACCAGUAUUUCGGCCAUCGCAAAAUUGUGGCAUCAUUCAAGUACAGUGCUGUCCAUCUGAAGGAGAUAUCCCUACCUCCACUAGAGAUCACUAUAAAGGAGGCACAAGUUGACCAUGAAUCAUUGGCCAGAGAAACUGCAACUCUACAUCACUGCUCCCAGAAUAUCUUCAGUGCUGUUGUUGAGAACCUGUGUGCCCUCAGUGCUGCAUCCUCCCUCUCUGAGUUUGAGAUGAAAGUUCUCUCAGAAUAUAAAGAACAAUUGCAGACUGAAAAAGCGCAGUUAAGAGAAUUAAUUGAUGAUGUACAGCACAAGCUACUAGAUCAACAUUCUGAAGCAGAUGAGACUAGUCAAUCAACCCACCAUAAUGGAGCAAGUGAUACAGGCAAUCAAGCCAGUGAGAUGAGGAGUGAGAUGUCUGAUGCCAUUGUUGAUAUAAAACACCUAAUAGCUGAAGCAGUAACUUCUUGGAAUACUAGGAUUCAGGACUUUAUUCAGCAGCAGAAAAAGCUUGAGAAGUUGAGAAAAGAAACUGGCAGCUCUUUGAAGGCUCAGCGUGAUAGUGCUUCCUCAAUGGCAUCAGACAAAGACAGUGUGACUGUUGUAUCAGAAAACAGCUCAGUGAAUAGUCCCAAAUGGCAGUUGGUUGAUCCCAUUAAUAAGUUCAGACCUAGACCUGAGUAUAAUCAACUACAGUUUGAAUAUGCUGGAUAUAGUGAAAGACCAGAGCUGGGUUCUGAGAGUGACUUUGAUUGCCUUGAACACCAGCUAGAGGAGGCUAUGCUGGAAGGGGGACUUAAAGUUCCCAGGGAAUCUUAUUUAUCUGGUAGUCAAAGUAGUGCUUUGGUUGAUAGUGAGGUAUUUACUAACCAUAGCAACCAUAGUAGCACACUUAGUGAGGGGGAUGUAUUUGGAACCACCCCAGGGAUUGAAGCUGCCUUGCCAGAAAAUCACAUUGAUCAUCUUGACACUGAAUUUGUCAUAGUUGAACAGGCUGAUGAUGCCAUUAAGUCUAUAUCUGAGAGACCCCCAGUCACUGUCCCAACUAUUACAAGGCCAGAUGACACAAAAGCUGAUGAACGCAACAGCAAACAUGAAGAUAUUCCCAGUGUUAAAACAAACAGUGCUGUAGUAAAUAAUGCAAAUAUUGGAGCUACGGAGACUGUACAUAAAAAUGAAAGUGUUCAGGGUGGAGAUCAUGUUAAAGACCCAAUUGAUACAAUAGUUGACACAGAUAUGAAAUCUCAUAACAUUGAUUUGGAUCAAUCCAAAGCGGAUAAUGAUACCUCUGAAUGUGAUAGGACUAAAAACUGUGACUCUGCUUCACAAUUACAAACCAGUGAUGUAAAUACAAGUGCAUUAAAAGAUCAGGACUCAUCAGAGAUUACUCAGGUAUGUGGUGCCAACACUCAGCAUAAAGCAAAUGAAUAUGUGCCCAAGAUGGACAGCGAGCAUAAUACAAAAAAUGAACAUAUGCGUACAAUUGACCAUGAACCCAAUGAAGCUAGAGAAACUAAUAAGGCAGAUUCAGCUAACGAUUCUAUUGGAAAGGCGUCCAAAGCAAAUGAAAAUGCUGACAUGCAAUCAGAUAACACUGAAAUGAUAGAGGAAAAUAUCGAGCCACAUAUUAAUAAUGUAACAGACUUGAAAGCAUCAAAUGUUACUCCUUUUGUUGAUAAUAAAGACACAUUAGAUGGGCCCCCUAUUGUUGUGAACACAGAGGCAUCAAAUGAUGAUCCUAUUGUGACAAAUGAGGAUCACUUUACUAAGACCACACUACAUGGUUCAAACACAGAUGAGGGCCACCUCAGUGCAGAAGAUAAAGGUCACAAAAGGUCAAGGUCAUGGGGAGAAAGCAGACGAUCUCCAAAACCAGGUCAAGUUGACUCAAAUAUAAGGCGUGGCCAAGAAGAACCAGUUGCCAAACAGGAAAAAAAAGUAACAAUGCAGAGUCUCCUGUCCAACUUCCUUACACCAUCUACAUUCAACCUCCUCAGCAGUCCAUUCCCAGAUGACCAGCACCAUCUUUUGCAGCCAUGUAAAAAAGUCCCCAUUGUGAUUUAUGACCAGGAGCCUAGUUCAAUUAUUGCAUACACAUUGAGUUGCCAUGAGUAUGACCUGAAACUUAAGGAACUCCAACAAUGUUUGAAGAGCCAAUUAGAUAACAGCAGUUUGUCUACUAAACUGCCCAAAGGAGCUGAUACAUUGAGUCUUGACAGUGGGUCCUCUAAUAUAGACAACGCAGGAGAUACUGGUAAGAAGGGUGUUUUGUCCUUCCUAAGGGGGUCUUCAACAAAGGAGAAGGAGAGAGAGAAGAGUCCUAUUAGACCAGGGAGGACUCCUGACCCUGAUACAACAGUGAGAUAUGUUCCAAGUCAUGAUUCUGGUAGUGUUGACCUUACGGAUGACACAGAUUUCAGCUUCUUUAGUGCCAGUGAUACGGAUCGCAAUCGCUUCAGUCGUCAACCCCAAACAAACCUCCAUAUUGAACUUCAGUUUUCUGACACGAGUGCAAGGUUUUAUUGCAAAGUUUACUAUGCCGAGCAAUUCCGUCAACUCAGGAAGUUGAUAUUUCCUGCGGGUGAAAAGAUAUUUAUCAGGUCCUUAUCCAGGUGUUUUGAUUGGUUAGCGAGAGGUGGGAAGUCUGGGUCAACAUUCUGUAAAACUCUGGAUGACAGAUUUGUUCUGAAGCAGAUGUCAAAGUUGGAGAUGCAAUCUUUUCUUGACUUUGCUCCCCAUUACUUCAAGUAUAUAACCAAAGCACAUAAUGAACAGAUGCCAACUGUCCUAGGAAAGAUAGUAGGAGUAUAUCGUAUUGGCUUCAGGAACAUGCAGACCUUCAAUGCACUUAAACAAGACCUGCUUGUCAUGGAGAACUUGUUCUACAAUAGAAAGAUAUUACAGAUAUUUGAUCUGAAGGGAUCUAUAAGGAACAGACUUGUCAAGUCAACUGGAAAGAAGGAGGAGGAGCUGGUACUAUUAGAUGAGAAUUUACUAAAAUUGAGUGUAGAUUCCCCAUUGUACAUCAGACCUCAUUCUAAGACAGUCCUCACUCUAGCUAUAACCAAUGACACUCAGUUCCUGUCUAGUCACCUUGUCAUGGACUACUCUCUGCUGGUCGGCAUUGAUGAACAGAAGAAAGAACUUGUAGUAGGAAUAAUUGAUUACAUAAGGACAUUUACAUGGGACAAGAAGCUUGAGAUGAUUAUGAAGUCAAGUGGAAUACUAGGAGGUCAGGGCAAACUGCCAACAGUGGUGUCUCCUGAACUAUAUAGGAGCAGGUUCUUAGAUGCUAUGGCAAGGUAUUUCUUACUGGUGCCUGAUAGGUGGACUGGACUAGGACGUGGGGUGGAUUGUUAGAAUGGUUUUAUUCCUGAUUAGGCAUAGAUUAGGCCAUGUCUUGGAUUGACUGAGUAGACUCAUUUGUUGAGGGGACUGUCAUGCAAAUCCUCAGUGCCAACACAGUCAGUACUUGCCAUUGUCAUCCCUAAUAUGGAACCAUUCCAGUUUUGAAAUCUCUGUAUUGUUCUUGUUCCUGCUGUCAUUUUGUCAGAGACAGACAGGGGAAAGUGCCAUAAUUUACCAAUUUUCACAUCCAAAAAGAGUAUAGUAAAUUAUAAACAUAUUUAUUUUUUAGUUUAUCGCUACUUUAUUUACAAUGUAAAAAUAUGUUUUGUUUGUAUUACAAUGUAUGUUAUGCCAUCUUUAUAAUGCUGUCUAGUUUAUCUUAUGGAGCGUAGUGUAUCAUAUUGUAAGGCAGAUUAUAACAGUUACUAACUAAUAUUUACCAUUAGAGUUGUUUAUAUACUGAUGACCUACAAUUACUGUUGAUAAAAUAUAGAUAGAAUGGUCUGUAGUUUGAUUGGUGCAAUAUUUCAGGUAUAUCUUCAUAAACCAAUCAGAUUGCUGCUAUUCAAAUGAUUUAAUGUAUUUGUAUUUUCUGAAAUUGUAAACAUUAAUUGUGUAUUUAUUGAUACAUUGUAAUUGUUAAAAAUGUAAUUGUACUUUGUUAUCUUUGUUGUAUCAGCUGCUGUACAUUGUAGUCCUAUUAGAUACAUAUGUAAGGUACCUCAUUUUAUAUAAUAGAAAUGGUUUUAUCAAUACAUGCUGAUCACAUACUCAAACUUUAUGACUGUAGUCAUCGUAUAUACUCAAACAUAAACUAUUCUUUUAGAUCAGUGGUGAUUAUGAAAGUUAUUUUGAAAGUUGUAUGGAUAAACAUACAAAAGAACAAACAAGCUCCAUGGCAGAGGAAUAGAAAGCCCAUAAUUUGUACCAUUCCUUUUACCUUCUUCUCCAAUCAAGUGACAGGAAUAUUUCUGGGAAUUGUGGGAUAAGCCAUUAUUUGUGACACAGUUUUGGUAUCUCUGCAGAAAGUGGUAUCAGAAGUGUAAUGUAAAGCAGCAUAAAAUUGAGUUAUGAGAAAACUGUAAUUAUUUUAGUGUUAGAUAACAUUGCAAGUGUUGUAUAUGAGGGAUUGGAUGAUAAGAUUUUGACAGCAAUAGCUAACAGUAGUGUUCAACCACUAUCAUUCUGAUAAUCAUAUUAUCUUUUUGUUUCAUCUGAAACAUCUCAGGGCUGAUAAGAAAUGAGAUGUCAUGUUUUAUCAUGAUGAACCACUAUAUUUGAACCGAUAUAUACAAGCAUUGUGACUUUAUAGGAAA